UCGCACGUGAUCCGAGGGAGGGGUAUCAGGGCCGGAACACAGGAUAUAUAGCUGCGCUGAACCCGCGGAAAUCGCCAAGGCAGAAUAUUCUAAACGCACAACACCAGGUCUCAUCUGAACCGAACAUAUUCGAAUCCUAUUCAUCUUUUUUUUUUCAGUUCACUCUUGCGUCAAAGUGUGGUCCAUUUCGUAUCAUCAUCAUAUUUUUCCGGAAUGUCGUCUGUUCUUUUGCAAUCCAGGCCAAUCCUUAAGUCGUCAAGAUUGGCCCGUUUCCAAAGCAUUGCUGUGAAGCCUGUUUCUGCAGCAAAACCAAAACACACCCAUACAAUCAAAACACCCGUGGGCGUCACGGCCGCGCUUGCAGCUUUGAAACCAAAAACAACACGUUUAUCAAUCGAAGGCCCCAUUGAAUGUGAUCUCCAGGGCUUCCAGUUACUCAAUUCCCCCAUUUUUAACAAAGGCUCGGCUUUCACUGUUGAGGAGCGUGCGGCUUUUGGGCUAGAUGGUUUGCUCCCCUCAAAAGUCAACUCUCUUGACGAGCAGGUGGACCGUGCUUACACGCAGUUUAAGUACUUGAAGACACCGCUUGCCAAGAACGAUUUCUGCAGGUCUAUGCGCUUGCAAAACAAGGUACUCUACUACGAGCUUGUGAGGCGCAAUAUCAGGGAGAUGCUUCCAAUCAUUUAUACCCCAACCGAGGGUGACGCGAUCAGCAACUACUCCCACAGAUUCAGAAAGCCCGAAGGAUGUUUCCUCGACAUAACUCAGCCCGAGACCAUUGACGAGCGCCUUGCUGCAUUUGGUGAGGCCAAAGACAUUGACUAUAUUGUUGUUUCUGACGGUGAAGGCAUUUUGGGUAUUGGUGACCAAGGUGUUGGCGGCGUCAAUAUUUCCUCAGCCAAGUUGGGACUCAUGACGUUGUGCGCAGGUAUUCACCCAGGCAGAACAUUGCCGGUGAUUUUGGAUGUCGGCACAAAUAACAAAGAGCUCCAGGAAGAUGAAUUGUACAUGGGGAACAAGUUCCCUCGUGUGCGCGGCGAGGAGUACUGGAGCUUUGUUGAUAAGUUCAUCAAGGCCGUGAGGGAAAGGUUUCCGUCUGCUGUUGUGCACUAUGAAGACUUUGGUGUUACCAGUGCACGUACCAUGCUUCACAAGUACCGUGAAUUUAUCCCCUCUUUCAACGACGAUAUCCAAGGCACUGGUGCCGUGGUCAUGGCGUCGAUUACUGCGGCCCUUAAGUUCAGCAACAGGGAAUUACUCGAAACCAGUGUUCUUAUCUACGGUGCUGGAUCCGCAGGCUUGGGUAUUGCUGAUCAGAUUGUUAAUCACAUGUGUUCGCACGGCUCGUCUGUGGAAGACGCUUGCAAGAAGAUUCACAUCAUGGACCGCCGUGGUGUGGUGCUCCAGUCUUACAAAGACUCCCCUGAAGGCCAGCUUCGUUAUGCUGACCCAGACAGCGAAUGGACGGGUGUAAACGUGAGAAGUCUCAAGGAGGCUGUGGCACACGUGAAACCCACAGUUUUGGUUGGUUGCUCGACCCAGGCUGGUGCUUUCACUGAGGAUGUCAUCAAAGAAAUGUACAAGCAUAACCCGCAACCAAUCGUUUUCCCACUCUCCAACCCAACCCGUUUGCAUGAGGCAUUCCCUGUUGACAUCAUGAAGUGGACAGACAACAAGGCCUUAGUUGCCACAGGAUCGCCCUUCCAGCCUGUCGAUGGUUACCAGAUCUCCGAAAACAAUAACUGUUUCACUUUCCCAGGUAUUGGCUUGGGUGCUGUUUUGUCAAGAUGCACUACCAUCACGGAUACUAUGAUUUCUGCAGGUGUUGAUCAAUUGGCAUCCAUGUCGCCCAAGAUGGACAAUCCAAAGAAUGGCCUUCUCCCUCGCUUAGAGGAGAUCAAUGAGGUUUCUGCUCAUGUUGCCACGGCCAUCAUCUUGCAGAGUUUGAAAGAAGGCAUUGCUCGUGUUGAGAGCGAAGAAAGACCAGACGGUGGAUUUGUCGAAGUGCCAAGAGACUUUCAGAAGUGUUUGAAGUGGGUGAAAUCCCAAAUGUGGAGACCUAAUUAUAGGCCAUUGGUGAAGGUGCAGCAUGUCCCCGAGAUCCACACACAUCAAUACUAACACAUGCCACAACAUGUCGUAACAUAUUCAGUGAACAUUCAAGGCGGAAUGGGUCCGCCUUGACAGAAAUGCA